AUGGUCCUGUAUCUACGCAUUGACCACAAUAUGUACUACGCCCUCUUCAAUGGCGGUCCGGUCGCUUUCCUGUUCAACUAUCUUGUGGUAUUCAUCGGCGUUCUCGCGCAAACCGCCUGCCUUGCAGAAUUAGCGUCGAACAUGCCUAUCGCCGGCGCCCAGUACUACUGGACCUAUGCCUAUUCACCAGAGAAGUACAGACUGUUCUUGACUUGGCUGCAAGGCUGGGCUACAUGGCUUGCAUUCGUUGCGACACUAGCUUCUAUCUUGAAUGGCAACGUCAUUAAUUUGGAAGCAAGAAUCCAGAUUAAUAGCCCUGAUUACGUACCGGGAGGCUGGCAUACAACCUUAAUCUUCCUGGCGACAAUGGCUUUUCUGACGGUCCUUAACCUGUGGGUUUUCGAAGUUGUACCCUGGUUCGAACUUGUUUCUGGCGUCCUUAAUCUCGUGUUUUUUGUAAUCACUUUCGUCGCGCUGUGGGUUAUGGCGCCGCGAAACUCCCCAGAGUUCUUCUUAAGUAGGACAAAAUACUCCACCUGGGAUAACGACUACGUUUCGUGGAGUUUCGAGUGUGUAAUUCACAUGGGAGAGGAGACCGAAAACGACAAGCGUGCGGUUCCGCAAGCUAUGUUCUGGUCGAUUGCCUGCAUGCCUCCUGUUGAGGAUCUGCUUAUGUCUUCCAACCCUUAUAUUUACCUGAUAAGCACAGCGACUGGGUCCAGAUCGUUCGCAACGAUUAUCACAACCGGCAUCAACUUCGUUUGUCUGGGCUGCGGCAUAUCAUCAUUCUCUUCGACGACCCUCCUAACCUGGGACGGGGGAUUGCCACGAUUUUUUGGCCAUGUUGACGCCAAGAAUCGUGUUCCCAUGCGGGCCGUGCUGCUGACAUGCUUCCUUGUCGCCCUUUUGUCGCUGCUUAACCUUGGGACUGGGACCUACAUUGCCUUUGGCGCUGUCACUUCUCUGUCUUCGCUCGGCUCGUAUUUCAGCUAUGCAAUCAUUCUUGGGGUAGCUCUUCACAAACGCCUGACCAGCGGGCUCCAGACGAGCGACUGGUCUAUGGGACGAAUCGGUACCCCUGUCAAUAUUUUCGCUCUCGUUUAUACCGUCUACUCUAUGAUUUGGCUGCCAUUUCCGACAACCCUUCCCGUUACGGCCACGGGAAUGAACUACAGCGGGCCGGUGUUUGCGACCGUCAUCGCUGGGGCGAUCGGGUCAUGGUUCUUAUGGGGGAAGAAGCACUGGCUUGGGCCGAACCAGGGUGUCGCCGAGAUUGUCCUGCGCGGAGAUGCUGGCAAAUGAACCGGUGACUCGUGUCAAACAAGGCCACGACAUUGCAUAAAGGCAGACAACGACGGACCGCAGACUUGUAUGUCAUGGAGGAGUGGGGCUAGGAUCGUGUGCAGUAAUGGCCCUGUUCGUUCGGUACUUGGUCAGUCUGAAGUCACUGCCUCGCAGGAGAAGUGCUGGAGGCGAAAGUGUAAAUUGUGAUAUAUCGUCCUCCAUCUCCUAUAUGAGCUUCUGCCGUGAUCGUACUGUGUGCUUGUCAAUUCCUG